GUAAACAAAAGAUUUACAACAAUGCAGCAGUUACAGUUAAACAGAUUAUUGUUAAGAGUUAAUUCGCACCCUAACACUGUAUGUAGAUGUUUUGAUGAGCGUGUGGAGAAAUGGAAGAGUCAAGGAGUAAAACCGGUCUUUUGCUUGUUGGCAUUACAGGUGGUGCUGCUGUUGCCAUAAGUUUGGCUUGUGCCCCUUUUGUGUCACCAGCUCUAAGAAGAAUUUGCCUUCCAUAUGUCCCUGCUACAACAGUACAGGUUCAGAAUGUACUAACACUUUUAAGAAAAAGGAAGGGCAAUGUCAUUGAUCUGGGCAGUGGAGACGGCAGAAUUGUAUUUGCUGCUGCCACAGCUGGGUUUGAAGCACAUGGAGUGGAACUGAAUCCAUGGUUGGUAACUUAUUCAAGAUUGAAGGCUGUUUCUUUAGGUCUUAAUAAAAGAACAAAAUUCUAUCGGAGAGAUCUUUGGAAGUUCAGCAUUCAUGGAUACAAGAAUAUUGUAGUAUUUGGAGUAGAAGAGAUGAUGCCGGAACUGGAGGCCAAAAUUAAAGCGGAAGUUUCAAAAGAUACUCAUAUAAUAGCCUGCCGCUUUCCUUUUCCAUCUUGGACUCCAAGUGUAAUUGUAGGCAGUGGAAUAGAUAAAGUUUGGUUGUAUGAAUCAGAAAAAUAUAGCAGUUUUGCAUCAUCCCUCUGAGUAUGUAAUUGUGGAAAUAUUGUUAAAAUGGUUUCAUGUGUAUGUGAGAAAGUAAUUUUUACUUGCUGAUUUUAAAUAUGCUUCAUUUAAAAGGUUUUAAUAUCAAUAAAAUUUUAUUGAAACAUA